AUUAAUUUAAUAACUUUAUAAAAUACGAUGUUAUCGUGGUUUCUUGUAACAUUGUCUAUUUUAAUACAAUUAUUUCAAGUGUCUUAUAAACUGCAGUUCGUAAAGGUUAGCAAAAAAUGUCCUUUCUUACGCGAUUUAUUUUAAUCCUAUGCAUCAGCACAGUAUUUGGAGGAAAACCAAUUAAACAUGAAUCAAAACCCGCUAAAACUGUAGAAAAAGAUACUAUAAUAGAAUCAAAUGACCGUGUUAUAAAUCAUAAAGUAGAUAAAACUCAUGAAUUUAAAGACAAUGGAAGUUAUAAAGGAACCACUGCUAAUAGAACAAAAAGUUUAUCACAAAAACCUAAACAAGCUGAUACAGAAAUUAAAUUAGAACAUGAGGAUUAUAAAAUUUCAGAAACUAAUCCAAAUAUCAGCAUACCAGAAACUGUUGCACGGAACGCCAGAUAUGGAUCAAAUAUUAUAACGAUUAUGUCUAAAAGAACAGAUCCAGGAACAGCAAUAGACCAGGAUACUAAAAUUGCUGAAAAUCACGCCAAAUCUGUUAAAGAAAACAUCAAAAAUCGAUCAACGAACAUUAUAACUUUAUCAAAAAAAUCUAAACAAAAAGAGGCAGAAUCAAAAGCAUUUAACAAAGAUCCAAAAAGACCAGGAGAUUUGACAAAUGAUAAUUUAGAAAUAGGUAAAAGUGGUGGGAUGCGUAACGCUAGAUCCACGCAUAAUGUAACAAUUAUCUCUGAGCAUAAUAAUUUACUAAGUGUUUUGAUGGACAUGAUAAGUAGACUGAUGCAAUCCAGGGGGUUUAGUUUGUCGGAACAGAAUUGGAAUGUGGUCUCAGCCUUAUUUGAAGCUUUUUUAUCAGUCUUGUUCGGACCCAAUAUACAUAUUUGGUGGCCGUUGUUUACCAGAAUACUUGUUACAGUUAUGAAGGUACUGACAUGAUACCCGUAGAGAAUACCGCGAAAUUUUGGAUAUAAUAUUGUC